GGGCACCCCGGGCCCCUCUGCGGAGCACCCCGGGCCCGGCCUGGGCUGUUCCUGCUCGGGGCAGCCCUCGGAGCCUCGGGAGGACUCGCGGAGCUUCUGCCACCACUUCCUCAAAUGUCCCCAGAGCCCUGGGCUGGGCCGGUGCCCCUGGGCCAGGACGGGGACGAGGGGCACCAGAGCUGGCACCGGCGGAGAGCACCGGGGGAAGGCAGAGCAGGGCAGGAAAGCGGGGCAGGAAAGGACUUUUAUGGGGUUCUGGCUGCUCUCGGAGGCAGGAAGCUCGCUGGCGAGCCAGCCCUCGCCAGGGCGCUGCUGUUUGUGGGGGGACCCCCGCGGGACCAUCGGGGCUCGCUUCCAGCCCCUCUCCCCGACGAGCUGACCUCGAGGAAAGGGGAGAGAAGAACUUUCCGGAUCCAGAAUGUCUCUCAAGCUGCCACGGAACUGGGAUUUCAACCUGAAGAUGGACGCUGCGAAAAUAGCGCGGUCCCGCAGCGCGGCGGAGGCGGCGGAGGCGGAGGCGCGGCCGCAGAAGCUGGGCUGGCUGCGCAAGCAGCGCUCGCUGGUGCGGAACUGGCAGCUGCGCUUCUUCGUGCUGCGCGGGCAGCGCCUGCUCUACUACAAGGACGAGGACGAGGCCAAGCCCCAGGGCUGCGUGUCUCUCCAGGGGAGCUCCAUCAACGUGCCGGCCACCAACCCCGAGGAGGGGGGGAAAUUCAUCUUUGAGAUCAUCCCGGGCGGGGCGGGCGAGGCGCCGCGGGCGGCGCAGGAGCCCUGCGUGCUCAUGGCCAGCUCGCAGGCGGAGCUGGAGGAGUGGGUCAAAUCCAUCCGGAGGGCGCUGGGCUCGGCCUCGGGAGGGGUGUUCGGGCAGUGCCUGGCACAGACCAUGGCCCACGAGCAGAGGUUUGGGCAGCAGCUGGUGCCCAUGGUGGUGCAGAAGAGCGCCGAGUUCAUCCGGGAGCACGGCGUGGCCGAGGAGGGAAUCUUCCGCCUGCCCGGCCAGGACAGCCUGGUCCGGCAGCUCCGCGACGCCUUCGACGCCGGGGAGAGACCCUCCUUCGACAGGGACACCGAUGUCCACACCGUGGCCUCCCUGCUCAAGCUGUACCUGCGGGAGCUGCCCGAGCCCGUGGUGCCCUGGCUGCAGUACGAGGAUUUCCUGCUCUGUGGGCAGGCUCUGGAGGCUGACGAGACAAAGGGCCACCAGGAGCUCCUGAAGCAGCUGUCCCUCCUCCCCAGAGACAACUACAACCUCCUCAGCUACAUCUGCAGGUUUCUCUACGAAAUCCAGCUGAACUCCAGCGUCAACAAGAUGAGCGUGGACAACCUGGCCACAGUGAUUGGGGUGAACCUGAUCAGGCCCAGGAUUGAGGACCCUGCAGUCAUCAUGAGAGGGACGCCCCAGGUGCAGAGGGUGAUGACGGUGAUGAUCAGUGAGCACCAGAAGCUCUUUCCCCCCUCCAAGGACGUUCCUCCCUCCCCACCUGCCCCGACCAGCGAGAAGAAAGCUCCUGUGCCUCGCAGCUCCGUGGGCUGGGGAGCUGCAGAGGAGCCCAGGGGCUGCCCCCCAAGGCAGACGGGCUCCGUUCUCCAGAGGGAUCACCCCAACUACAGCAGCGCCCCGUGCCCAGCCGCCUCCUCCAGCGGCCCCGGGGAGGACACGGAGCCCACGGCCGCGCCGGGAGCGUGGAAAACGCAGCCGAGGAAAAGAACCCAGACCUUGCCCAGCAGGAAAUCCUUCCUGGCAGCGCCGGGGGACAAGGGCAGCAGGGACAGGAGCGAUGUCCUCGCCGGUGACUUUUGGAAGAGCGGCCCACGCCCCGCGGCCUGUGAGGGACACAAGAGAACGCUGUCCCACGACCUCUUUAAGCUGCUGGACCUCCACAGGGCUGCAGCCUGUGACAGCAGCGUGGCAGAGAGCGGCGAGGGCAGCGGCUCCAGCCCCAGCCCUGCCAGCAGCACCUCCGAGAAGGAAUUCCUGCCCUGCUUCAGCCCCUGCCACGAGCCCAAGGAGCCUGCCAGCCCCAGCAGCAGCCCGGCCGAGGAGCCCAGAGCUGAGCAGGACAGCAGGGAGUUCCUGCGGGGCGUGAUCCACAAGCUGGAGAGGGAUUUGGAGGAGCAGAGGAGUGACUACGAGGGGCAGAUGGAAAGCCUCCAGAAGGAAAACUAUGAGGUGUGGGCCAAGGUGGUGAGGCUGAACCAGGACCUGGAGCAGGAGAAGAAGAAGAGUGGGGAGCUGGAGCUGCGGCUGAUGAACGCGGAGCGCUCGCGGGAGGAGCUGGAGGAGAAAACCAGGAUGCUCGAGGAGCAGAUAAAAAACUUAACUAAAGCCACGAGCCAAAAUGGUGCCAAAACCAACUAGGAGGAGACACCCAGCAUUUCAGAGACACCAAAUGCAGGUGCAGGAAUGCUCAGGAAUUGCAGGUUCAGAGCCAGGGACUUGUCCAGGCUCUUGCUCCUGCCCACAGGCUGGGGGGAGGCAGGAAAGCAGAGCUCAGAGGCUGGUUCAUGCUCUGGACAUGUCAGAAAUAUCCUUUAGCUGGUUUUGGGUGUGUUUAUUUCAACUCUUCUGUCAGCUGCUCAGGUUACCUGGAGAACAGGCCAACACUCCCUGCUGCUCAGUCAGGAUUGCACUCAGAAGUUUGGGUUCUGGACCCACUGUAGCUUCACGAGAAGGAACCGAAGUGUUCCUCCUCCAGCUGCCUGCCUCCCUGCUGAGAUACCCAAGGCAAAACAUCCAUGGAUCCCCACA